AUGAGGCUCCUGGGAACAAGGCUCCUGGGAACGAGGCUCGCCCCUGGGAACGAGGCUCGUGGGAACGAGGCCCCUGGGAACGAGGCCCCUGGGAACGAGGCCCCUGGGAACGAGGCCCCUGGGAACGAGGCUCGUGGGAACGAGGCCCCUGGGAACGAGGCCCCUGGGAACGAGGCCCCUGGGAACGAGGCCCCUGGGAACGAGGCCCCUGGGAACGAGGCCCCUGGGAACGAGGCCCCUGGGAACGAGGCCCCUGGGAACGAGGCCCCUGGGAACGAGGCCCCUGGGAACGAGGCUCGUGGGAACGAGGCCCCUGGGAACGAGGCCCCUGGGAACGAGGCCCCUGGGAACGAGGCCCCUGGGAACGAGGCCCCUGGGAACGAGGCCCCUGGGAACGAGGCUCGUGGGAACGAGGCCCCUGGGAACGAGGCCCCUGGGAACGAGGCCCCUGGGAACGAGGCCCCUGGGAACGAGGCCCCUGGGAACGAGGCCCCUGGGAACGAGGCCCCUGGGAACGAGGCCCCUGGGAACGAGGCCCCUGGGAACGAGGCCCCUGGGAACGAGGCCCCUGGGAACGAGGCCCCUGGGAACGAGGCCCCUGGGAACGAGGCCCCUGGGAACGAGGCCCCUGGGAACGAGGCCCCUGGGAACGAGGCCCCUGGGAACGAGGCCCCUGGGAACGAGGCCCCUGGGAACGAGGCCCCUGGGAACGAGGCCCCUGGGAACGAGGCCCCUGGGAACGAGGCCCCUGGGAACGAGGCCCGUGGGAACGAGGCCCGUGGGAACGAGGCCCGUGGGAACGAGGCCCGUGGGAACGAGGCCCGUGGGAACGAGGCCCGUGGGAACGGUGCCCGUGGGAACGGUGCCUGUGGGAACGAUGCUCGUGGGAACGAUGCUCGUGGGAACGAUGCUCGUGGGAACGAUGCAUGA